AUGGAUGCUGAUCAAAAUAUAAUAAAUCCAAAUCAAGUAUAUAAAAAUGAAACUUUUCCACCAGUUGAUAUAGUUUCAGAGCUAGAUGUUAUAAAAAUUUCAGAUAAUGAAUAUAGAAGCGUGGCACCAUUAAGAAAACCUGGCCCUAGAGUAAGAGGCGUUUACGGAGGCGCCUUGUGUGCUCAACUGCUUGUCGUUGCUGCGGCAAGAUUCCCAAACUCAAGUUUUAAACCAAAUUCAAUUCAUACUUUUUUUGCUAAAAAGGGUCUUCCUGAUGUUUUAGUAACUUGGAAAGUUCAAGAUAUAUCAAUAGGUAAAUCAUUUGCAAAUAUAUCUUUGCAAGCUAUACAGAAUGAAGAAAUUGUAUUCACUGCAAAUGUUUCGUUAACUUCCAAAAAUACCGACGCAGAUGAUUUAAAACUAACCAAUAAGCCAUUUUCAUUUCAAAGUUCAAGACAAUCAGAAUUAGAACAUUAUAAUGUAGAUAAUUUGAAAGGUUAUGAUGUAGCAAAUGUUCAUUUAAGUGUACGAGAUUUUGAUGAAUAUGAAUCUAAAGAUGUUUAUUCAUACAUAAUAAAAUAUGGACUUUAUAAAAAAGAAGAAGUAUUACCAAUACCAGAAAAAUUCAAAUAUGCGGCUCUCGCAUGGAUAACGGAUUGGAUGAGUUUAGAUUAUGCAUUUAGAACAAAAGGUCAUAGAGUUAAAAUUAAUUUUAAUGUUUCAUUAGAUCAUAUAGUUUAUUUUCAUGAUGAUGAUUUUGAUGCUACUCAAUGGACAGGUAUAUGUUUAAGAGCUCCUAUAUUACUGCAUAAUAGAUGUUUAAUUAUUUGUGAAUUAUUUAAUGAACUGGGUAAACAUGUCGCUAGUGUAGUUCAAGAAAGAUUAUUUGUUACUGAAGCGAUUGAACCAAAAGCAAAUUUAUAG